AUGCACAGAACUCAUCAUCAUGAGCACAGAGCCAAGAUCUACUUCAGAGAUGUGAAUGUUAUCCUGACUGGCUUGAUGAGUCCCAAAGAACUCAUUUUGUUCCUUUCUGGUCCACCUCUUGAGAUAGAGGUUCAUGAUCGAGACAGAAAGUUGGAAGAACAACCGAAACCUCCAGUAAAGUCUGGCAUGGGGUCAGAUGAUGACACCCUGUGUGGUAUGGCACAAUCAAAACAGACGACAGCAAAUAUGAACUCCUAUGGAAUUGCAAGCCUGAACCUCUGUGAGCUGCUAUGUGGAAAGAAAAGCCUUAACGUGCAUUUGCCAAUAAAAUGCUGCCCACCCACUCCACUGCAGCACUGGGAGCAAAGUGCACCUAGCAGGACUAUGUCAGAUACAUUAGCACACAGUGAGCCCAUGCCACAAGGACAUUAUUUGGAGGCCAAUUCCACACUAAAAGUCAAGGUUGAGCUAGCUUGUCCACUAAAUAAUAAGAAUGACAGUUGUGAAUUAGACCCCUUUUACAGGCCAUUUGGGCGCAUCAUCUACCUUUUUGAUUACAACAACUUGUCUGUGAUGACCAAGCUGAGGUCAGAGAUCCUCAGAAUCAAUGCAUCAGCCUUCCAUGUGGGCUCACAGGAAAAUAUAGAGAAAGCCCUAUCAAAUGACAUAAUGAAUUUCAAGCUUGAUGAGAGCCAGGAUCUGGACUUCGUUACCGGAUUCCAUGUGGUAGAUAAGAGGACGCACAUCUUUGUUCUUGAAGGGCUGAAACAUAAAGCAGUGAAGAGACUUUGGGAGGCUGUUCCGAUGAAGUAAGCACAAGAACUAAAUCUUGCCAAACAGCCAACUAACAGUUUUCAGCUGUUCUGUCUACUGAAAUUGAGUGUUUAAAUUCCAGUGAGAAUCCUAAAGUCAGUGUGAUGUGUUGCAGGCUAAGUGGGAGUGUGGAGGAGCAUGUGAUAGUCCGCUACAACUCAGACAUGGGUUUCUUCAAGCGCAUCUAUGACUCAUUAGAUGUGAGCCUGAGUCCCACUCAUUUACGUGAGUCUUUAGAGACCAUCAUGAGACAGCCAGUGGUCUACAUAAGAGGCAAAGUCUCCCCAGCCUGCUUCCACGCUUU